CGGACGUAACGUCAUACUUUACCCGCGUUUGUUGAAUAGCCCAGUUUGUUUGGCGGGAUUGAGUGUUGAGGACUCUACAGCAUCAGCUAAACGGCACCAUGCAGUUUUCUAGCAGAAAAAAGAAGACUGGUAUUAGCCUUCAGUCUGAGCUCUAUGGGCAGCAUCUGCAGUUCUACGGACAGCCUCCUCUUGAAAACAUCUCUCUUUCUGAAUUUGAGACAUUUGCUGUGGAAAGACUGAAGUUGUUGAAGACCGUUGAGAGUUUGGGAGUGAGUUAUGUCAAACUGAAAGAUCAGUAUAAAAGCAAACUGGACAAAGAGCUUAAAGCUCUGAACUUUCCUUACAGGCCAGAUGCUGAUGACAGAAAAUCUCAGAGUGGGCCAAGUGAAUUUGAGAAACGAAGAAAGGACCACAUCUCCCACUUCAUUCUCAGACUGGCCUACUGCCAAACGGAAGAUCUGAGGCGCUGGUUUAUACAACAGGAAGUUGAUCUUUUCCGCUUCCGCUUUGGUGACCUGGACCCAAAACAACAGCUGGAAUUUCUUCACAAGAAUAAUCUGCGUUAUGUCACAAUUAGCAGUGAGGAGAAGAUGGAGCUGAAGGAUCAACUUAUAAACUCCAGCUUCGGCAUCAGUGGAAUCACUGUGAAAGAGCAUGAGUUCUACAAGGUGCCGUUUCAAGACGCCCUGGAUCUUGUGCGAUCGAGGAAAGUGUACCUCAAACAAGGCUACGCGUACAUUCCACAUCAGGAUAUUGUCACUAUUGUUCUCAAUGAUUUCCGCACAAGGCUAUCAAAAGCUCUUGCAUUGACAGCUCGCUCGCUACCAGCAGUGCAUUCUGAUGAACGGCUCCAACCUCUCCUUAACCACCUCAGUCAUGCAUAUGUGGGACAGGAUUACAGCAUCCAGAAGAAUGUUGGGAAAAUCUCCUUGGAUCAGAUUGACUCACUUUCAGGAAAGUCAUUCCCACUAUGUAUGAGGCAGCUCCACCAGGCUCUUAGAGAAAACCACCAUCUCCGCCAUGGAGGUCGGAUGCAAUAUGGUCUUUUCCUCAAAGGUAUCGGCCUGUCUUUGGAGCAGGCUCUGCAGUUCUGGAAAUCAGAGUUCAUAAGAGGCAAAGUGGAUGCAGACAAGUUUGACAAAGCAUAUGCCUACAGCAUCCGCCACAUGUUUGGCAAAGAAGGCAAGCGAACAGACUACACCCCCUACAGUUGUAUGAAGGUGAUUUUAUCAAACCCACCCAGCCAAGGAGACCAUCAUGGAUGUCCAUUCCGGCACAGUGACCCAGAGCUGCUGAAGCAGAAGCUUCAAGUGUACAAAGUGUCUCCCAGUGGAAUCAAUCAGAUUCUGGAGCUGGUUAAAGGAAUGCAUUACCAGCUGGCAUGCCAGAAAUACUUUGAGCUGACACACAAUACUGAGGAUGCCGCUUUCUCGCUCAAUCACCCCAACCAGUACUUUGUGGAGAGUCAGAAACUUCUGGGCGGAGGCAAGGACGUGAAGAGAGAGCAGGAGACCCCGCAGAGGUCGCAGGAAAACUCUGCCCCCAGAGGACCCACUGCAGCUCAAGAGGUCGCAGCAAAUUCCUCCCAACAUGUGGCUGAGAUGACAGAAGAUCUGGACUCUUUCUUUCAGGAUGCCUGAUUCCCAUAUUUUUAAAUACACAUAGAAAGAAUUCUUUAUCUUUAUCUUUUGUUUUUGGACAGUUGGUGGACAUUUUUUUGGAAGCUGGUGCAUGUUCCAACUUAGCUGAGGCUGAACGCUGAUAAUGUCAAGUAUUAAAGUUGAAAAUCUGUCUCACAGUCCUUUAAUUCCAACUUAGCAGGCUUUGGGGAAAGAAUUAGAAGAAAAUAAGAGGAGUGAACCAUGGUGCUCAUGGAAGGGAAAAAUAUCAAAAGAAAAAAACAAAAGAAGGAAAAAUAGAAAAAUAACGACCAAAAAUGCCCAUGAAAAAUUGAGGAUUGAGACAAAUAUGUAGGCAAGAUACAUUAAACAAACACAUUUGUAAUGUCUAAAAUAAUCUUUCCAUUUUUGUUUUCUUUAUUGAAGGUUUUGAUUUAUGUAUUGAAGGCUAACUCACCAAAGUUUGUUUUUGUUCCCGCUGUAUGAUAUUCUUUGCUCACGUCCGUGAACCUGCAUUUAUUUCUGCGUAACCAUGCGUUAAAACUGGUCUCUUGGUUUGUUUUCUUUCUUUGUUUUUACACUGGUCUGAACUCAGAUGGCUUAUAUUCUCAGUGCACAGUAUUUUGGCAGAGACGUGGUUUGGGGGGUGAUGACUAGAACAUUUCCCAGCUGUCUCAAAAACAAUGUCAUUGUAUUUGCUGGCAGCAGUAUGGAUGAAUGGUGGCAGGAGGGCGGCUGAAAAUAAACAAUUUCCACACUUGUAUUAUGCUGCCUUGGAAUAUUGCCUCCUAGUGCACAAUGCAAUUUAUUCAAAGCGUGCGUGGUCAAGAGAUAUUUCCCUACUUUCCUCUUGAGCCUUAGCUCAAUAAUUUGUUUAAAAAAAAAAAUGGUGGCUGUCUAAAAGUCGAACCUUUGGUAGUGCAGGAAUUAGCAGCACAGGCUGCUCCUCUAAUCUCAGUUCUUUAGGAGGUACAGUUCUGUGCUCUUAUCUCCCCUCUUACUCUGAACUUUACCAAAUUGCUAACUUUAGAUCCAAUUAGAGGCACAACAGCGUUAGUUUGUGAAUGUAAAUGCAUUUUCCAGGGAGCUGGAGGAAACAUUUGGAUGAUUUUGUGAAAACCUCAAUCUGUAAUUUAAUCAUCGUUGAAUUUAAGCCUAAUGUCCCAGAUGAUGGCAAAAGAAGAGGUACCAUUAAUGCACAUUUCUCUUCUCUAUUUCACAAUUUCCUCUGACAUAUGCAAACCAUACUGCAUCAGUGUCUCACACUUUUAACAUCAGAGCACCAGAGCUGCACAUGGCUGGAAUUAAAUUAGGUCUUAAAAUCCAGGCAUGGUGCUUGACAUGGAGAGGAUUUAUUCAGUAUAAUAAGGCAACUGGAUAACAGUGCACAGCCGGGCUGCUGUCAGCAAGAGACCCUUGAUGUUUAAUAUUUGGUGGAGCAUGACUACAUCUGACAAAGCUGGCACUUUCUUAGACUGUGGGCAGGCAGUUGACUAGGACUGUUUAUCUCCUUCAAAUGGAUUUACAAUCAUUAGUCAUGAACUCGCUUGCUUUCGUUGUGUGAUUUGUUCUCUUCCUGUACUCAUUACAUGGACCAGGGGUGCACCGUUGUGAUGGUGCAUUAUCCAAAGGGUGAGAAACAUAAUCCAAAACCUAACUGCAGCAUUUGUUUCAGGAGGCUCGUACGGAAACUGACAUACAGCAAGAAUCUGUAUCCAUGGCUGUGCCUGUCACUGCAGUAAAGCCUUUAUUUCAGCUUGAUGCACAUGUUGCAACCUGGGGCUUGUAAAUGCAGUGAAAAUAUUAACUGAAAUGUAAAAAUUAAAAGACGAGCCUGAAGCUUAAACUUAUGAGGCAGUUACAGAAAGUGCAAAAAAAAAAAAAAAAAAUCAGUUUUAUGCGCUGCAAUGUGAAAGAGCAUCACAACGAAUCAAAAGGUUAUUCAUCAGUAGUAAUGAUUACUUCCCUGACUCCAUUGUUCAUUUCUGCUUGUUGCAUGAUGUAUCUUUUUGUCCUAAUACGGCAUAAUUUUACCCAGGGGACCAAGUUUGUAGCACUGUCAUUAGUUAUUCAGUAUGCCUCACCAGAGGCAGCUCCGGUUAAUUUGGAGCUUUGCAUGCACUUAGUUUAUUUCUUCUUAAGGAUUAGAUAGCAUCUAAUAAUGCAUACUUGUACACCUCACCCUUGAGCU